CUGCUGGUCAAUCGAACCAGACCAUAUACCCACGAACCCACCACGCUCCCCCCACCACCAAAUUACACACACAAUGGGUCCCGGACGCUCGAGACAACAUCAAGGACCUCCGGAGUCACUCCAGGAGGCUAAGUUCGGCACCAAGAAGAGAAAGGGCCGUGGUUUCAACGCGGACGAUGCACCUGCGAAGAAGAGGAAGGAGGCCGCAAAGAAGGGAAAGCCUACAGCGGCGGCGGGAAAACCGAAGGUGUCGCAGCCAAGAGCUGCUGCCAGGAAGCCAGAACCCAAGCCGAAGCCCGCUGCUGCUCCUGCCGCGGAGGAUGAGUUUGACCUGGUGUCCGAGGACGACUCCGAUGCCGAUGCGACACCCGAAGACAAGCUGGGAGACGACUUCCUUGACGGCGGAGAAUCCGACUCGGACGUCUACGACUCGGGUGACGAAGCGCCGCGCCCGCUGUUCUCGGACGACGAGGACGAGUCCGAUGCGGAGGAGAAGUUGACGGCUGCCAACAUCGCUGGUCUGUCGCGGAAACUCGACAUGCAGAAGGCGAUUGAGGAGGCGGAGGCGGCGGCAGAACUCGCUGAGUCGCAGAUGCAGACAAAUAUUGCGGAGGAUAAGCCGCGCAUUCUGGGCAACGCUGGAGAGGACGACGAGGGAAUGUCGAUGGCUCCCCCGGACAUCACCUUGCUGCGCACACGAAUCACCGAUACUAUCCGUGUGCUGGAGGACCACAAGAACCUAGGGGAGGAGGGACGGUCGAGGACGGAGUACACUGAGCAGUUGUUGAAGGAUGUCUGCGAAUACUACGGUUACUCGCCGUUCAUGGCCGAGAAACUUUACCAGCUCUUCUCUCCCGCCGAGGCGUUCUCGUUCUUCGAGGCCAACGAGAAGCAGAGGCCAUUGGUGAUCCGAACGAACACGCUCAAGACUGCGCGCAGAGAGCUCGCCCAGGCGCUCAUCAACCGCGGUGUCACCCUCGAGCCCGUCGGAAAAUGGUCGAAGGUCGGACUACAGGUCUUCGAGUCCAGCGUCCCCCUCGGAGCCACUCCCGAGUACCUCGCUGGCCACUACAUCCUCCAGGCCGCCUCGUCUUUCCUCCCCGUCAUGGCACUUGCCCCCCAGAUCAACGAGCGAGUCCUCGACAUGGCCGCUGCGCCCGGUGGAAAAACAACCUACAUCUCCGCCCUAAUGAAGAACACCGGCUGUGUCUUCGCCAACGAUCCCAGCCGCGACCGUGCCCGUGGUCUGAUCGGUAACAUCCACCGCCUGGGUGUCAAGAACACUGUCGUCUGCAACUACGACGCCCGCGAGUUUCCCAAAGUCAUCGGCGGCUUCGACCGCGUCCUCCUCGACGCGCCAUGCUCCGGAACAGGCGUUAUCUCCAAGGAUCCCAGUGUCAAGACCAACAAGGACGAGAAGGAUUUCAUGGUCCUGCCGCACCUGCAGAAGCAGCUGCUGCUCUGCGCAAUCGACAGUGUCGACCACUCGUCGAGCACAGGCGGCUACAUCGUGUACUCGACGUGUUCCGUCACUGUCGAGGAGAACGAAGCCGUCGUCGACUACGCGCUCAGGAAGCGACCAAAUGUCAAGCUCGUCGAGACCGGAUUGACAUUUGGAACCCCCGGGUUCACGAGCUUCCGCGGAAAGCAGUUCAACGAUAAGCUGAAGUGGACUAAGAGAUUCUACCCCCACAUGUACAACGUCGACGGUUUCUUCGUCGCCAAGUUCAAGAAGGUCGGCCCGACGGUGCAGGCGAAGGUCGCCAAGGAUGGCGAGGUCGCCGCUGAUGUCAUGGAUGUCGACACCGAGGAUGAUGAAUCUGGUGAGGCUGUUGCAUUCGAUGAGGAGGCGGAUAAGGAGUUUGCCGUGAAGGCGGAGAGGAAGAUGUUGAAGAGGAAGGGUAUUAACCCUGAUGCUAAGCUGGCGGACAAGAAGGACGAGAAGAUUGUGGAGACGAUUGUGGAGACGAUUGUGGAGAAGAAGGAGGAGGAGAAGAAGGAGGAGAAGAAGGAGAAAGCGAAGAACAAGAAGGGAAAGAACGAGAAGAAGGCCGAGAAGGCAGAGGAGAAGAAGGAGGAGGACAAGGAGGUUGAGAAGGCUACGAAGGAGGUUGAGAAGCUGAAGGUAGUAGAGAAGGAGGUCAAGAAGGCAGAGAAGGCAGUAGAGGAAGCCAAGGAGACAACAGAGGUUAAGAAGGUGGCCAAGGCGAAGGGCAAGAAGCAAACCAAAGCGAAGAAAGAGAAGAAGUAGGAUUCAAGUAAUUAAAAGUUGUUUCUUCGGGCGUUUGUGUAUUUACUUUACCUAUAUCUACCGUUACUUUUUCUGGCAUGGUUUUAGUGG